UGUUGUGAAGAGUUUGCUGGUGUUUCUUUCAGCCUUUCUGCGGAACAAUGUCCCUGGGCGUUUCAUCUUGUGAAAGCUUUGAAAGUGUGGACAAAUACAGAUUCCCUAUUUGGCCAGAAUGGAAUGAUGCUGGCAUCAACAAGGAGGAAUGGGACUCAAAUAAAGCUUCUGAAGAGCGAAAGGCAUUUUUUGAGGAUCCAGAAGGAAAACCUUUUCUGCCUUCUGUUUUGAAAGUGCACUCCUGGAAACGCCCCAAAGAGUUCAUUGCUGCCAAGAAUAUCGCUGUAGUUCAAAAUCUAAGGAACUUUGACCUGGUCUCCCCCAACAAUCAUCUGAUUCAUUGUGAGGUGAUGAGGUGGAUCAUCAGUGAGAUCUAUAUUGUCUGGAUGCAAGAUGGCUGGAAACCUUGGGAGCACAUAUACUCGCUGUGUAACGUGGUAAAAGGUCAUGUGCCACUCUACAACAGCUUUGGGAAAUACAUAGUCAGACUUUACUGGAUGGGUUCUUGGAGAAAGAUAACCAUAGAUGACUCCAUGCCAUUUGAUGAGGAGAAUAACCUCCUUCUUCCUGCCUCCACAUGUCAGUCAGAACUCUGGCCAAUGCUGCUGACCAAAGCUCUACUUAAAGUGACAAAUGCAAAUCAAGUGAAUGAUAUCAGCAAUGCGACGGGUGAAUACACCUUCAUCCAGUACUUCACUGGCUGGAUCCCAGAAAUUAUUACUAUAAGGUCAGCUGUAAAAACCUGGGAUUUCUUACAGGACGUUAUUCCUAAAUUUAAACACCAGGAGGAAAGCUUGCCUCCGAUUAAACUGGAGAUUACAGAUCCAGUUCCAAGGACAGACUCCAAGCAAAUUGACAUAAAAGUUAAACUCCUGACUGACUACUGCAUUUAUGUUGCUUUUUUGUGCACUUGUUUACAUAUGGCCCUACAGUCUAAUUCCUCAGAAUUUCUGCGUCGUUACGGCUUGUCCUUGCUGUUCAACCACGUUGUUCUGUUGACGAGAACCCGCGCAUGCCAGCUGGAUCCCCCACCCAAAUCUCCACCUGUGCCCCGAUGGAAACUUGUCCGUCCACAGAAAGAGAUUGUGGUCUCAUCUGAACCACAGAAGUUCCCAUUGCCAAAACCAAAUCAGUUCAUUGAGGUUGCCAGUCCUUUUCUUUCCUACGAUUUCGAGAGCACCAGAGAGGCCAAGCAGAGCACUCCAAAGAAAUGUUCCUAUGGAUCCCCUCUGGUGUCCAUUACUGAGAGGGAGGAAACUAAUAGUGAAGAAAGCUUUAGGAGUGAUGUAGCUGAAUGCAGUGCUAACCCACCGAGCAGCCCUGACAGUGCACAGGUUACAACAGAGGACCCGAAAAAGGACGAUGAUGGCAUCUCCAAUGACAGGCCCACAACUGCAGUGAAAGAGCCUGUAACUGAGGAAUCACUUGCUGUUGCCAAGCCUAUCCUGCAGAAGACAUGGGUGGACCUUGACAGCUUUGCAGAAUGUUUUCAGACACUCUUGGUCUUUCAUAAACCGGAUAUGUACGCACAUCAUAUCAAGAAAUCACAUUUUAAGAGCAGCAUCCUGCCCGAAACUACCGGAGGCUCUGGAUCGUCUUCUCAUUCUCUCACCUCUGGAUCCCUGGCUGUAGCAAGUGCUGAAUGUCCAGAAGUAAGAGAAACAUACUUCCUGUGUGUGGACAGCGUUCAGUCUUCCCAGAUCCUCAUCGGCUUUUCUGCUCUUCUUCUCUGGGGUGAUACAGCUGAAAGGGAAACGUCUCGAGUAAGAAAGUCUGCAGUGCUAACCAUCCUGCCCCAUUCUUGGACAAGUCUGCAGUGUCAACUGCCAGUUCUCACCAUAAAGACAACCUGCUCAGAGGCAGCUGUGCUUGACUUACCCGCAGGGCGCCAUGUGCUGUGUGUGCACACACGCGCACCGCUGGGCUACCAUGUCCACCUGUGCAGCAAGACACCAUUCAUCUUUGGGAAUGAAGAAAUCGUUAUGUCACACCUUACCAAGGAAAGUGCAUGUUUCACUGAGCAGGCCUCAUCCAUAUUUAUGGCCUUGUCCACAAUGGUGGCUUCCUUUAGUGACGAGGAGAAGUUACCCGCCCUUAGAAAGAGCUUGGAAAAGACUCACUGCCCUGAAAAGGUGAACUCCACUGUGGACACAUGGGAACAUUACAAGGUGUUUCAAUCAGCUGUUUACCACAUGGUUUGUGAGGCUUUGGGCAGAGAGCUGACAUCUGAAGAACAGUUUGCUGUUCAGGCCCUCACUACUGACCCAAGGGAAUACUCUCCCAGAUUAUUGGCAGAAGACAAAGAUUCAAGACCACCAGAAAUCUGGAGAGACAGCCUGCCAACAGACAAGGACGACCAGACAGUCACCAAUCUGCAAGAGGUCCAAAAUGCCACAGAACCUGGAACGAGUGAUAACCUUCAGGCUUUCAAGAUCCUCUUUGAAAUGUGGCCGCAGAUUGAAGCAAAUGCAGAAAAACAUGCUGCCAUUUUGCUUCGGUAUAUAAUUGACAAUUCUGCAAAGAAAGAAGGGGUCUACCAUUGUCUACAGGAUGAUUCGGCCAGAAUCGCCUUUGCUGAUUACUCUGUCUCCCUGCAAGAGACUUCCAGCUCAUGGAUUUUGGUCUUUAGAGAGGUCUUCCUUGUUCCGAAGGAGAUGCUGCUGGUACCGAAGGUCUACUCUCCAUUCCCUAAUUGUCUGCUCCAUGUCAUAAAUAAUGAUACAGGAGAGGAGAUUGAUAUGCUUUGCAACAAAGUGCCACCUCGUGUCUAUCAGCCCACUAAAAACGGUUACACUUUUGUGGGAGAGGUCAUCACAUCUGAAUUACCUCCUACUGGAGCCACUUGGAGGCUGCGGUUGAUUGGGACAAAGGAACCACUUCCAAAACGUUCCAGCGAAACUCCUCUCAAUAUGUUUUCAGUUCAGACAUUCCAAGAGUAUUACAUUCCCAGUAAAAACAACGUCAUAUGCGGUUUCCAUGUUCAGGUGACUUCAGACGUCUUAGGAACCAUUCAGUUUCAAACUUCAAAGUCAGAUGUGUUGAUACGCUUGUCCAUUCUGAGCCAUGGGAAGGAAGUAGCUGCCAACACUGGGAUGGGUCAUGUGCUAGUUCCUGCUUUCUACUUCCUGGCUGGUGAAGAUCCCUGUUGCGCUGACGAAGAGAAUCCGAUGGGAUCCUCUAACCAGCAAAGAGAUGUGGGUUACAAGUAUCUGGUGCAGGCAGAAGUGCUUUAUAAGAGCUGGGAUUUGGAUGAGUCUAAUUUGGAUUUUGCAAGUAUGCCCAGGGACGUUGAGAUGAAUGAGAUGAGAGUGUACAAGCCUGAAGAAUUGAGCCCUUCAUCCAAUACUAAUGUAGCUAACAAUCAUGGACAGAAGCCUGAUGCAGCUAAAAGAAAUCUCAAAGGCAAAAGAAACAAGAAGCUGCCAGCUGGCAAGGCUGAACCUAGCCCUAAGCAGGAAAAGAGUCUUGAGCCAAUUUGGCCAUACUGGACCCUGCGUGUUGUCACUGACAAGAACAAAGCUGAGGACAUUAAAGUGAAGAGGGACACCUGGAGAAAAGACCAGAUUAGAGCACUUAUAAACGCCUGGGAAAUGGCAGAGCCAGGACGCUCAGUCAAGGCUCAUCAGUCCCGUCUCCAGUAUCUUAACCGGUUCCAACAUACAGCAAGCAAUGAUGGUACUUUAGAUGAAAGCAAAGAUCCUGUUCCUCCCAGAAGUGGUCAAGGUGCCGGUCUCAGUCCAUCCAGUAAAAACCAGAGUGGCACCUUCUGUCCUCAAACAGUCUUCAGUCACUUAUACAGACGCCAAAAGGAUGUUCCAGAGCUGAUGGACGUGCAGAGACUAGAGGCCCAGCAGAAGGAGCGCGUUGAAAAGAUGCAGACCUACAGGAUGGCUCGUGAAAAGAUGCUGGAGCGUUAUGAGCAGCUGAAAUCGGUCCGAAAAGAGCUAAUGAGGUGUCAGCUGGAGACGUAUGAGAACACGCAGGCAAAGCGGCAGCACUUUGAGGAUUCAUUUAAUGCUUGUAAAGCAUUUAGCAGGCUGCAGAUGGCAGCCACCAAAGAGGAGCAGAACGAGACAGUUAACCCCACCUCUGCCUCCACCCAGCAGUCAAACAAAAACGCCAAAACCUCCAAAAACGCCAAAAAAGCCAAAAACACCAAGCCUGCUCAAAAGAAGAAAUGA